GCUUCUGCGGGGCGGCAGCGGCGAGCCCGAGGUACUCCUCGGAGCGAGGGACUGCGGCGGACGACCGUGUCCCGUCCUUUCGGCGAAGUUAGCCCGCCGAGCCGGUGUGGCUGUGUCGGCGACCCCGUGGCGCUGGGCUUGCCCCCGCCAGCCCUCCGCCACCUCCCGGGCGGUGUCUGCGCCCCUGCGCACAGCUGCAGCUCGUGGCCUCUGCCUCUUCGCGCUCCGCUGCCCGCACGCCUCCCGGGGCUCUGCGAGUCUCUAAUGAAGAAGUAAACGCAGAGCCGGCGUGGACGGCCCUCGCGCUCCUGGCGGGGCGCUUCCCGAGUUCAGGGAAGUGGAGCAUGGAGGCCGUUCUCUUUGUGAGCGCCGAGGCCGCCGGGCGCGCUCCGCUCUUGCGGUUGCGCGUGGGCCCCGCGGGCGCGGCGAGCGCGGGGCGAGGCCGCCGGGGGCGAGCGGUCCUGGACUCUGCUUCCGCGGCCUCCUCGGCCCCGGGGUGGCGGGGCUUGCGGUCUCGGAGAGGGCGCCCUCAGACCCGCAGGGCUGUACCCGCGCCCUCCGCAGCGCCUGGAGUCUCCCUUCCUAUCCUGCCCAUUUCCUUGGCCGCCAGAACGCCCAAGGGAUUUGAAUGGAAAUAACAUCACGCGGAUUACGAAGACAGAUUUUGCUGGCCUUAGACAUCUGAGAGUUCUUCAGCUUAUGGAGAAUAAGAUUAGCACCAUUGAAAGAGGAGCAUUCCAGGAUCUGAAAGAACUGGAAAGACUGCGUUUAAACAAAAAUCACCUUCAGCUGUUUCCUGAGUUGCUGUUUCUUGGGACUGCGAAGUUAUACAGGCUCGAUCUCAGUGAAAAUCAAAUCCAGGCAAUUCCAAGGAAGGCUUUCCGUGGAGCAGUUGACAUUAAGAAUUUGCAGCUGGAUUACAACCAGAUCAGCUGUAUUGAAGAUGGGGCAUUUAGGGCUCUCCGGGACCUGGAAGUGCUCACUCUCAACAAUAAUAACAUUACUAGACUUUCUGUGGCAAGUUUCAACCAUAUGCCCAAACUUAGGACUUUUCGACUCCAUUCGAACAACCUGUAUUGUGACUGCCACCUGGCCUGGCUUUCCGACUGGCUUCGCCAAAGACCUCGCGUGGGCUUGUACACUCAGUGUAUGGGCCCUUCCCACCUGAGGGGCCAUAACGUAGCUGAGGUUCAAAAACGAGAAUUUGUCUGCAGUGGCCACCAGUCAUUCAUGGCUCCUUCUUGUAGUGUUUUACACUGCCCUACUGCCUGCACCUGUAGCAACAAUAUUGUAGACUGUCGUGGGAAAGGACUCACUGAGAUCCCCACAAACCUGCCGGAGACCAUCACAGAAAUACGUUUGGAACAGAAUGCAAUCAAGGUCAUCCCUCCUGGAGCUUUCUCACCAUACAAGAAGCUUAGAAGAAUCGACCUGAGCAAUAAUCAGAUCUCUGAACUCGCGCCAGAUGCUUUCCAAGGACUGCGCUCUCUGAAUUCACUUGUCCUGUAUGGAAAUAAAAUUACGGAACUCCCUAAAAGUUUAUUUGAAGGACUCUUUUCCUUACAGCUACUAUUAUUGAAUGCCAACAAGAUAAACUGCCUUCGGGUAGAUGCUUUUCAGGAUCUCCACAACUUGAACCUUCUCUCCUUGUAUGACAACAAGCUUCAGACCAUCGCCAAGGGGACAUUUUCUCCUCUCCGGGCCAUUCAAACCAUGCAUUUGGCCCAGAACCCCUUCAUUUGUGACUGCCAUCUGAAGUGGCUGGCGGAUUAUCUCCAUACCAACCCCAUUGAGACCAGUGGUGCCCGCUGCACCAGCCCCCGCCGUCUGGCGAACAAAAGAAUCGGACAGAUCAAAAGCAAGAAAUUCCGUUGUUCAGCUAAAGAACAGUAUUUCAUUCCAGGUACAGAAGAUUACCGAUCAAAAUUAAGUGGAGACUGCUUUGCAGACUUGGCCUGCCCUGAAAAGUGCCGCUGUGAGGGGACCACAGUAGACUGCUCCAAUCAAAAGCUCAACAAAAUCCCAGACCACAUCCCCCAGUACACUGCAGAGCUGCGUCUCAAUAAUAAUGAAUUCACAGUGUUGGAAGCUACAGGAAUCUUUAAGAAACUGCCUCAAUUACGAAAAAUCAACUUCAGCAACAAUAAGAUCACAGAUAUCGAGGAGGGAGCCUUUGAAGGAGCUUCUGGUGUAAAUGAAAUACUUCUCACAAGUAAUCGUCUGGAAAACGUCCAGCAUAAGAUGUUCAAGGGAUUGGAAAGCCUCAAAACCCUGAUGUUGAGAAGUAAUCGAAUAAGCUGUGUUGGGAAUGACAGUUUUAUAGGACUUGGUUCUGUGCGUUUGCUUUCUUUAUAUGAUAAUCAAAUUACUACUAUUGCACCAGGGGCAUUUGAUACCCUUCAUUCUUUAUCUACUCUAAACCUCUUGGCCAAUCCUUUUAACUGUAACUGCCACCUGGCUUGGCUGGGAGAGUGGCUCCGGAAAAAACGAAUUGUCACAGGAAAUCCUCGGUGCCAAAAGCCGUACUUCCUCAAAGAAAUCCCCAUCCAGGACGUGGCCAUUCAGGACUUCACUUGUGAUGAUGGAAACGAUGACAAUAGUUGCUCCCCACUUUCUCGCUGUCCUACGGAGUGUACUUGUCUGGAUACAGUAGUCCGAUGUAGCAACAAGGGCCUGAAAGUCUUGCCGAAAGGUAUUCCAAGGGAUGUCACCGAGUUAUAUCUGGAUGGGAACCAAUUUACUCUGCUUCCCAAGGAACUCUCCAACUACAAACAUUUAACACUUAUAGACCUAAGUAACAACAGAAUAAGCACCCUUUCAAAUCAGAGCUUCAGCAACAUGACCCAGCUCCUGACUCUAAUUCUUAGUUAUAACCGUCUGAGAUGUAUUCCUCCUCGAACCUUCGAUGGAUUGAAGUCUCUUCGACUGCUUUCUCUACACGGAAAUGACAUUUCUGUUGUGCCUGAAGGUGCCUUCAAUGAUCUUUCUGCACUAUCACACCUAGCGAUUGGAGCCAAUCCUCUUUACUGUGAUUGUAACAUGCAGUGGUUGUCCGACUGGGUGAAGUCGGAAUAUAAGGAACCCGGAAUUGCUCGCUGUGCUGGUCCUGGAGAAAUGGCAGAUAAACUGUUACUCACAACUCCCUCCAAAAAAUUUACGUGUCAAGGUCCCGUCGAUGUCAAUAUUCUUGCUAAAUGUAAUCCCUGCUUAUCCAAUCCGUGCAAAAAUGAUGGCACCUGUAACAAUGAUCCUGUUGACUUUUAUCGAUGCACCUGUCCAUAUGGUUUCAAGGGGCAAGACUGUGACAUUCCUAUUCAUGCUUGCAUCAGUAACCCGUGUAAACAUGGAGGAACUUGCCACUUAAAGGAAGGGGAAAAAGAUGGGUUCUGGUGUAUUUGUGCAGAUGGAUUUGAAGGGGAAAAUUGUGAAGUCAAUGUUGAUGAUUGUGAAGAUAAUGACUGUGAAAAUAAUUCUACAUGUGUCGAUGGAAUUAAUAACUAUACCUGCCUGUGCCCACCUGAGUUCACAGCUGCUAAUCUGAAUGAGGUGGAAAAAGGCGAGCUUUGUGAAGAAAAGCUUGACUUCUGUGCCCAGGACCUGAACCCCUGCCAGCAUGACUCCAAGUGUAUCCUGACACCAAAAGGCUUCAAGUGUGACUGCACUCCAGGAUACAUAGGUGAGCACUGUGACAUUGACUUUGACGACUGCCAGGACAACAAGUGUAAAAACGGCGCCCACUGCACGGAUGCAGUGAAUGGUUACACAUGCACCUGCCCUGACGGUUACAGUGGCUUGUUCUGUGAGUUUUCUCCACCCAUGGUCCUCCCUCGUACCAGCCCCUGUGAUAAUUUUGAUUGCCAGAAUGGAGCACAGUGCAUCAUCAGGAUGAAUGAGCCCAUAUGUCAAUGUUUGCCUGGUUACCAGGGAGAGAAAUGUGAGAAAUUGGUCAGUGUGAAUUUUGUGAACAAAGAGUCUUAUCUUCAGAUCCCUUCAGCCAAGGUGCGGCCUCAGACAAACAUCACACUGCAGAUUGCCACAGAUGAAGACAGUGGCAUCCUCCUGUACAAAGGUGACAAAGACCAUAUCGCCGUGGAACUGUACCGGGGUCGUGUCCGUGCCAGCUACGACACUGGCUCUCACCCGGCUUCUGCAAUUUACAGUGUGGAGACGAUCAAUGAUGGGAACUUCCACAUUGUGGAGCUGCUUGCCCUGGAUCAGAGUCUCUCCCUUUCUGUGGAUGGCGGGAGCCCCAAAGUCAUCACCAACUUGUCAAAGCAGUCCACUCUGAAUUUUGACUCCCCACUCUAUGUAGGAGGCAUGCCCGGGAAGAAUAAUGUGGCAUCACUGCGCCAGGCCCCUGGACAGAAUGGCACCAGCUUCCAUGGCUGCAUCCGGAACCUAUACAUCAACAGUGAGCUGCAAGACUUCCGGAAGGUGCCCAUGCAAACAGGCAUCCUGCCUGGCUGUGAGCCAUGCCACAAGAAGGUGUGUGCCCAUGGCACGUGCAGGCCCAGCAGUCAGUCAGGCUUCUCCUGCGAGUGUGAGGAAGGAUGGACGGGGCCCCUCUGUGACCAGCGGACCAAUGACCCUUGUGUUGGAAAUAAAUGUGUACACGGCACCUGCUUGCCCAUCAAUGCAUUUUCCUACAGCUGUAAGUGCCUGGAGGGUCAUGGAGGAGUCCUGUGUGAUGAGGAGGAAGAUUUGUUCAACCCCUGCCAGGCAAUCAAGUGCAAGCACGGCAAGUGCAGGCUCUCUGGACUCGGGCAGCCCUACUGUGAGUGCAGCAGUGGCUACGUCGGUGACAGCUGUGAUCGAGAAAUCUCCUGUCGAGGGGAGCGAAUAAGAGAUUACUACCAGAAGCAGCAGGGCUAUGCCGCCUGCCAGACAACCAAGAAAGUCUCCCGUUUGGAAUGCAAAGGCGGCUGCGCUGGAGGCCAGUGCUGCGCACCGCUGCGGAGCAAGCGGCGGAAAUACUCUUUCGAAUGCACAGAUGGGUCCUCGUUUGUGGACGAGGUUGAGAAGGUGGUGAAAUGCGGCUGCACGAGGUGUGCAUCCUAAACACACGCCCGGCAGCUUCCAUCUUUGGGAAAGGUUGUUCGCUUCUUGACCGUGUUGGACUCAUUCAUGCCUCAUAGUGGAAAUAUUUGAAAUAUAUUGUAAGAUACAGAACGGACUUAUUUUUAUUAUGAGAAUAAAGAUUUUUUUCUGCCUUUGGAAAAAACACUAAAAGACACGCUUGAACUAAAGCUUCUUCCCCUUGUGCUGGAGAAGUGUGAAGAAAGCUAUCGCCGGCGGCUUUCGAACAGUGGUGGGAUGCAUGGCCCCCCGGACCCUGCUUGUCGCUCACGCAAGACUCGCAGAAGCACAGGCACAAGGCACAGGACAGCGACUGUGCGCUGAUGCAGAAUUGCCCAGAGCAUAAAACACGCGUCCCCUGCUCACAUCAAGGCAGUUUCCCAGGCACGGGUGUGUGCACGGUGAUGUCGGGCAGAGGGAUGGAACUCCAGAAUUCAUAGAUAGAGUAAAAGGAUGAGAAAUAUUUUGUGCAAAAUACAAACUGUUCUGAAGAUCUAGUUUCCUUUCAUGAAAGGAAAUGGGAGUGGAGGGCUAGAAUACAGUUUAUUUUCUUUUCAGACGUCAGCAUGUCUUCAGAAACAGCACACAAAAGUGUUUAUCUACCAUUUUCCAGUAUUAAUUUUUGUAAUAUAAAUGAUAAAGGAGAUGAUAAAGAACCAAUAGAUUAUUGAUAAAUAAAUUAGUAAUAAUAUGAAUUUUUUCUAUGAGUUCUAAACAACCCUAUACAGUAUUCAGUUUCAAUGAGGAAUAUUUAUUGUAUCAAAGUACAUUGUACUUAACGUUUUAGGCCAUUCUUUUUCUGUUUCUUGAUGCUUUAAUAUAUAUUAAUUUAUAAUUGUCCUGAUAUUUUUGUACAUUUUUCAAACUGAAAAAUCAGGAUUUUGUUUGUUUUUUGGCAGAAGUACUAACAUAGUGUGUUAUCUGGGGGUAACUGUGUAUUGGUCUGUGUGUUUACCUUGACAUCUGACCACUGGCAUCACUGACCUACUUGCCUCAUGCGGGACACCUGCAGAGAACAGGCCCAUCUGAGAGGGGAGGAGGCAGAUCUGCAGGUCAGGGAGUCAUUGUACAGAAAGAAGUGGCCCUCCUGCAACAGGUCCUCAUGGAAAAGAAGUGCUGUGUAGCAAUCGGCACUAGAAAGUAGACCCUUGACAAAUUAACAUUCCCUAGAUCUCUUGUGCCCUUUUAUUGGAGGGGUGGGGAAAACAAAAAGACUGUCAUGUCCAGAAAUGUAUUUUUUUUCCAAACAAUAAAAUUCCUUUAUUACCUUAAUGUUCCCAUGAUAACAUGUUUGCUGCUAAAUUACAGUGUAGAAUUGAUCAUGAUUUAUAGUGAAUUGUGCUCUUCCUUCAUUAAAAUCCCAGGGUGCCCUGUAAAGAUACAGAUGUUUCUUCCCAAAAAUGUUUUUUACAAAGAAAAUUAGAUGUACAUGUAUGAUUUGGUGUGCUUUGUCUUUCUCCAGACUAAUAUCAGUUACACUACUGAUGUUUGUAAAUUAAACAGAUAUUUACUUCAUUAA